GGCCAGACGUGAUGCAAGGUGUUUUCGUCUGCUGGCGUGGCAGUGAUCUGUGCGCUUAGUUUUCAACGUCAAGUUUCCUAGUUAUACGCGCUAAAUCAAAUAGGUAGUAAAGCAGUGUCAUGAAGCGGGUGUUGAUAACUGGAGCUUCAGGUCUCCUCGGCAGACCAGUGCUGAAAGAGUUCACCAACGCAUCAUGGGAAGUUCUUGGGUUGGCUUUCUCUAGGGCGACUGGUUCUCUGAAAAAAGUUGACAUUACAGAUGAAGAACAAGUCAGAAAUGUUAUGAAAGAAUUUAAACCGUCUGUUGUUGUCCACUCGGCAGCAGAAAGAAGACCUGAUAUCGUAGAGAAACAAGAAGAAGUGACCAAGAAAUUGAAUGUGGACACCACAGCUAUGAUUGCAAGACUUUGUGGUGAAUUUGGUGCAUUUAUGCUGUACAUUAGUACUGACUAUGUCUUUGAUGGUAAAAAUGCACCAUAUCAAGUAGAUGCGCAACCAAACCCCUUAAAUAAAUAUGGAAGAAGUAAAUUAGAUGGUGAGAAAGCUACAUCAGAUAAUCUUACAGAAAGUGCAAUUUUGCGAAUACCAAUCUUGUAUGGUGAGGUUGAAAAGCUAUCAGAGAGUGCAGUGACAAUAUUAUUCCAAGCUGUACAAGACACAAAUAAACCUGCCACUAUGUGUGAUUAUCAGAAACGUUAUCCAACACAUGUCAAUGAUAUUGCUGUCAUUAUCAGAAAAUUAGCAGAGAAGAGACUACAGGAUCCAUCCAUCAAAGGUAUCUUCCACUAUAGUUCAAAUGAACUGAUGACAAAAUACAGCAUGGCAAUGACUAUGGCAGAGAUAUUUAACAUUCCAUCACAGCACAUUGUAGCAGACAAAGAACCAUCUAAAGGUACUCCUAGACCAUAUGAUGUACAUCUAGACUCCACUAGAUUACAAAGUAUUGGUAUUACUACUGAACAAACACCUUUCAAGGAGGGUAUACAAAAAUGUCUUAAAUCAUUUCUCAAUAAGUAAUGUAUUUUAUUUAGUACAGUACAUGUAUAUGCUCUAUUGCAAAUGCAUGUAAACCCCAAAUUACAUUUGUUGGAUGUUGGAUUAUUAAAUAUGGCUUAUUUUAGGCAUAUCAAUUCAGUAAUUUACAUAUUAAUGUGCUACUAAUAGAGCAUAUACAGUAGCCAUAUUAUGAGGCUUUUGAUGUGCAGCUGAAGAAGUCUGUUGUAGGCUUGGGUUGUAAUAUGUUGGUGACACCAUGUGAUGCUUAUUAUAACAUUAUAUUUUACAGACAUGCAGAGAACUUUGCAUUUGUCAAUUUAAGAGGGACACUGAUUUUAAGCUUUUAUACUUAGAUUCAAUCAUUAUGGUGCUAUUAUAGAGAGGUGGUUGUCAUGCCAUAUUAUCAGAUAUGGGCCCAACACAACAUAUACACAACGUGUGUGUAAAACAGGUUACCGGAGCACACAAUUUGAACGUAGCUACAUGAUAACCAACACCUUUUAAACCAACAUGGGGAAAGUGGGAAUAUAUAGAAGUGCAAUACAAAUUGCCAAUAAAAUGCUUGCAUGAAGCAAAUCACAAAAUGCCUACCAAAAGAUGGCUGUGGCAGUUGGGGUGGGAUCAUGUUUCAUGCUUCAUGCUUUUUUACCAUGGUGAUAAAUAUUAUUCAUGAUUUCUACAUACACUUCUAAGUUCAUUCUGGU